AUGCUGGAACUCGAAUUGGAAAUGUCUACUACUAGUACUUUCCUUGAAGUACCUCCACCUCACAAUCCUUGUGCGAUCAUGGAGCAGUUCCCUCUGCCACGGGUAUACAAGUCCAAGAACUCGCGGGGAAGGCCCACCCGUCUCAUCGUGUUUGGCUUUCCGAUUAGCAAAAACUACCUCCUGCAAUUCGCCGACGCACACAACAUUCUGCUCAAUGACCAGGACCUCCGUCAACGUCGACUUGCGGCCUACAUCCACAUGGGGCUGGUGGUUGGGAAACACUUUGACGCGCAGCUAAUCGACGUUUUGGAUGACGACGAUGGCACGGGAGACAAUGCAUCGUUCAGUGUUGCUGUUGCUUCCAACAGAUCCUCAAAGCACUUGAGCCGCAUGCGAACGUACCGGUACCUCGAGCAGCUUGCUGAUUUCUUGCGGCUAAAUCCUGAUGGAGCGGAAUGGGCGUAUGCAAACAUAGAUGACGUUAGACAGGUGACUAGAGCAGGCAACCGCGCUAUUUGA